CGCGGCCGGCGGCGGCGGCGGCGGCGGCGGCGGAAGGGGCAGCGCUGAGGCGGCGGGACCGAGCAGCCAUGGCGGCGGAGUCGGUGCGGGAGGAGCUCUCGGCCCUGGCCGCGAUUUUCUGCGGGCCCCACGAGUGGGAGGUGCUGAGCCGCUCAGAGACAGAUGGAACCGUGUUCAGAAUUCACACAAAAGCUGAAGGACUUAUGGAUGUGGAUAUACCCUUAGAAUUGGUGUUCCAUUUGCCGGUCAAUUACCCUUUGUGUCUUCCUGGCAUCUCCGUUAACUCUGAAUACCUGACCAGGGCCCAGUGUGUGACUGUGAAAGAGAAGUUACGUGAGCAAGCAGAGAACCUUUUGUCAGAGCCUAUGGUUCACGAGCUGGUUCUCUGGAUUCAGCAGAAUCUCAGGUAUAUCCUUAAGCAACCAGAAACUGGAAGUGGCAGUGAAAAGUGUACUUUUCCAACAAGCACGACUGUCGAUGAUGGAUUGUGGAUAACUCUUUUACAUUUAGAUCACAUGAGAGCAAAGACUAAAUAUGUCAAAACCGUGGAGAAGUGGGCUUCAGAUUUAAGGCUGACAGGAAGACUGAUGUUCAUGGGUAAAAUAAUACUGAUUUUACUACAAGGAGACAAAAGCAACAUCAAGGAGUACCUGAUUCUUCAGAAAACCUCCAAAGUAGAUGUGGACUCAAGUGGAAAGAAAUGCAAAGAAAAAAUGAUUAGUGUACUGUUUGAAACAAAAGUACAGACGGAACAUAAAAGGUUUUUGGCAUUUGAAGUCAAAGAGUAUUCAUCGUUGGAUGAAUUACAAAAGGAAUUUGAAACUGCAGGACUUAAGAAGCUUUUCUCCGAAUUUGUACUUGGGUUGGUAAAAUGAAAUGGAAGACAGGAAUCUUUUAGUAAAAUAGCAGUGUUUUUUGUUGUUGUUUUUACAUUGGAUUUUGGGAGUGGCUAAUUGAAAUAGUCACCAGGGAGCAAUUUUAAGUUUCUCUGAAGCAAAAUGAUAGACAUCAUCUUAACUUUAGGAACAAAGCUAGUUCUGAUUUAUAAAGUAGUAAACAUUAAAAUACCUCACGUAUUCAUGUUUGCCAGGAAAGACUAGGUUCAAUAGAUGAAACAUUAUUUAAAAGAUAAAUUUUAAAAAGUUGACGCUAAAUUGGCCCUUGUUUUUUAUAUAGAGAAUUUGUUUGGAACUAUGCAAUUUUCUGGCUGAUUUUCUUGUAAAUAAAUGAUUUUUU